ACAUACAAAAUGCAAAUGAUGGGUUAUAUAAAGACCAACAUCUCUUCUUCUUAAUUUUAUCAAACUUGUUCCUUUUUUUCUUGUACUUUAAAGUCUACCAUAAUAAUUGAGACAAUGACAGGCCUUAACUCUUCUAAUUCUUCUACUUCUUGUGGUGCUUGCAAGUUUCUUAGAAGAAAAUGUAGUGAUCAAUGUGUUUUUGCUCCUUUCUUUAGCUAUGAUGAAGCUACUUCUCAUUUUGCAGCUGUUCAUAAAGUGUUUGGUGCUAGUAAUGUCUCUAAACUUCUCUUACACCUCCCCACCCAUAUCCGAAGCCAUGCUGCCAUUACCGUUGCCUACGAAGCUCUUGAACGCAUGCGUGAUCCUACUUAUGGUUGUGUUGCGCAUAUCUUUGCAUUGCAACAAGAGGUUGCUAGCUUGCAGGAGGAGAUAGAAAUUCUGGGGAGCCAAAUUGCGAAUUUUGCCACAACCGGUGGGAGCAUUGCAGCGGUCGAUAAUCCAUUUAUAGAUCAGGUUCAAGUGCCACAGCAGAUGGAUGGUUUCGGGAUGAUGAACACAAAUUAUUAUCAAAAUGAGCUAGUUUCUGAGUUGCCCUACCAAAGUUUUGAUAAUGUCCAAAACGAUAAUACUACUGCUCAAAUGAUAUCUCCAUUGUUUUGUUUAGGGGAAGAAGAUGGGGUUUUUGAGUUUUCCAACUCAAAUAAUGUUGUUGAGAGUUCAGCCUUUGAUGUUUCAGUUGAGGAGAAUUGUAUUGGUUACCCAUGGAUAGUUGGAUGAUGAUGGACAAAUUUUUUUGAAGUUUUAUAGUUGGCCUUUGGCUUUAAAUGGAUGAAUAAUAUUAGUCUCUUUGUGUUAGAAAAUAAUUUU